GGCUUUGGGGCUGGGCUGAAGUCAGAGCCUGGCCCCGGCCCCGCCUUUCUCCUCUCUUUAAAGCUUGUUAAAGCAGCCGGUGUCAGUUUGCUGCUCCACUGCUUCCCCUUUGGGCUCCUUGAGGAAGGAGAAGGCGCUUCAUGUCUUGGCGUGAGCUCCUUCCCCCCUGGCUGGUGAUCGUGGCGGGACUGACGGGCAUCGUGCUGCUCUGUGUCUCCACCAAAGAUGUGCCCGUGGCCCCUCUCAGGACCAAGUAUGGCAUCGUUCUGGAUGCUGGCCCGUCCCGCACCAUCCUCUUCAUCUACCAGUGGACAGCCACCAAGGCAAACAAGACCGGGGUGAUCAGGGGAUGCAGUUCCUGCCCUGUGCAAGGUCUGGGAGUCUCCAACUACUCAGAUUCUCCUCAGAAAGCAGGGAAGAGCUUGGAGCCAUGUUUGAACUGGGCCCAGAAGGAGAUCCCAGCAGAGCAGCACAGCCAAACCCCGCUGUACGUGGGAGCCACCACCAGCACGAGGCACCUGAACCUCACCCAUCGCCUCUCUGAUGAUCUCCUUGCAUCCCUGACUGUGGCCCUGAAGUCAUCCCCCUUCAGCUUUCGGGGGGCACAGAUCCUGUCCAGCCCAGAUGAGGAAGCAUUUAACUGGGUUGCUGUGAACUAUGUCCUGGAGAACUUCUUCAAGUAUGACUGGCGAGGGCAGCUGGUGCCCUCUGGGAAGGGGAUGGCAGGAGUCCUGUCCGUGGGAGGAACCUCAACACGGCUCACAUCCCAGCUGGAAGAGGAGAACCAGGUCCCAAAGGAGGGAGUGAGGCUGCAGCUGUAUGGGCAGAUGCACAGGGUCUACACUCGUCAGUGCCCCUGCCAUGGCACCGACCAGCUCCACAGGAGGCUGCUCUCCCUGCUCAUCCAGGAGCAGAGAAGUGCUAAAACUGUGUCUAAUCCCUGCUGGCCCCUCUCCUACUCCCGGGAAGUGCAGUGGCAGUCAGUGCAUGCUGGGCCUUGUGCUGUCAGUGGUGACACAUGGGACACCCCUGGCCCCAAGGAGGUCUUCAACAUCACGGGCUCCAGCAGCCCCACCGCCUGCAUGAGACUUGUGCAAAGGCUGCUCAACUCCUCCUCUUCCUGCAGCUUCUCCAAGCAUUCCCUCGGCAGUGUUCUCCAGCCCCUCCGGACCAGGUUUCUGGUGAUUUCUGAGGCCAUGGACUUCAUGAGAGAAACUGUUCCCUCUCCUGACUUGGGCCAGGCUGUCAAGAGGCGGUGUGGGAUGUCCCUCAAAGAGGUAAUUAGGGAGUCCCAAGCAAGCCAGGAUACACUUGCUGAGUACUGUGCUGGUGUCUGCCUUCAUCUUCCAUCUCAGUUCAAGGGGUACACGCUCGACGUUGACUGGCCUGCUUGGACUGCGUUCCAGAAGAAGAUGGGUGACAGAUCAUCUGGCUGGACUCUUGGGUACCUGCUGAGCCUGAACACCAUCCCCCAGGACAGCCCAAGCAUCCUCAAGGGGAUUGAACCAGGGGUGUGGUCGCUGCUCCUGAUCCUCUCGUGGUGCUGCUCACUCUCGUUCAUGCGCAUCUCGUACCGGGUGAUGGCCAAGGAGAACACCCUCAGCAACAGGAACAGCAGCGUUUUGAGGACAACUGACACUUCUGUGGGUCUCAGACUCCUGCCAGGCACAGUCAACAGGGUCCAGACAGAAAACCACAGAGGUGUAAGUCACUGGAGGAUGGAAGUGAUGUCCCUGCAGGACUCCCAGAACCUUGAUGCCUUAUUUCAACUUGCUGGCACUUGCACUACUGUACUUUGAGACAAUGGAUCCUGCUCCACAGGAAACCUGGGAUUCCCAGUGGAUGGCAAGCUAUUCAUCCUCCAAACAAGAACAGCCUGCACGGCUCUUCCUUGGGCUACAGCUGGGAUUGCUCGUGUCAGGCACGAGGCGAUGCCUCUGAGCAGGCAGGCCCUGAGCUGUUGUGGAGUGAGUAUUGAAUAAUCCUGUCCAAAUCAGGAGAGCUGGUGUCUGACAAAGAGUGCUCUGUCUUCUCCUCAAGAGAUGAUACCUGUAGUAUUGGCCACUAGUGAAGACUGAGAGAGCACUAAAUAUAGUCAGAAUGUAACAGCCAACUUGCUUCCAUGUUCUAGGGAAAAUGCAGGUAUUUCCUGCCUGCCACUGCUGACCUGCCUGUGCUUCCAUUUCAG